CUAGAAUAUCAUACCCCUCAGCUUGAUCUGUUCCAAAACCCCUGUGAUAGCCAGCAUUGCCACCAUCAUCCCCUUUGGCCCUUUUUUUCCUUUCCACUCCAGUUAUACCAACUGCCAACAAACUUCCAAAAAAUGUGUAGCUUCCAAUAAGCUGCCCAUCUGUGCUGGCCUGCUUUGACACACUCAUCAACACUAUUACCCAUAACAAUAUUACUAUUCUGUACACCCAUGUGUACAUCAACAACAGCACUCAACAACCAAAUGCAGCAACCCUACUUGAGCCAAGACCAGCAGUACUGGGAACAGUACCCAAACUCAUUCUUCAAAUCAAACUUGCUAUGAUGGCAGCUAUGGCACUCAGAGCCACUCCAUCAACCCCAAACAUCCUUGCAACUGAAGGAAAUUCCAUCCCAACCUCAUCGUCAUCUUCAUUUUUAUCAUGCCAUAACUCAGAUCUAGUAAGCCAGACUACAGGUUCUAUAGCAGGAUCUUCCUCCAACAGAUGGAAUAUAUCUCAUGGGUUAGUGGGCUUGUUUGGUCAGCAAGAUGAUACUUUAAAUACAGCAUCAUCUGUCACAACAGACAUGGCUGUCAUCGCACCAGCAUCAGAUCUUCCCCUGCCUCCCCUUCAUCCAGUCCAUCAAAUUUCAACUAACCUUCAUGCACAUCAAUCCCAAACAUCAUUACAGGCCAGCAAUGGGACUAAUGUCUCCCAGCUGCCUGAGCAUAAGAGUGCAGGUGAACAACCCAAAGUUUAUUGCCAUUCAGGGUCCACUACUCUGCAUGGUAAUUAUUCUGAUGAUUGUUUCCAAUGCAUGUGGUCUGACAGUCAACAAAUCUGCCAUGCCAGAAUGGGGACAUACAACAUUUUCAUUAAACAUUUGCAUCUUCACAUAUUCAAGACCAUCAAAAAAAAGGCAAAAGACAACAAUUGUUCUUAUAAAUGCCAAUGGUUUACAUGCCAGGCUUGGGAAUUUAACACUCCCAGUGCACUUAUUAACCAUGUCAGGCAAAAUCAUCUUGGAAUUGUUGCAAGAGCUCCAAAGUUCCUCUUAUGUCAGUUACCACUUUCUCAGCCAUUGCCUUGUCCACCUAUUUGUCAAUCACUAGACAUUCCUCAAUACUUUUUGACUGCUCAUCCAGUACAAAAAUCACCUUUUAGCACAGUCUACAAAAAUACACAGGAAAUACCCAUUUUGCCAGACUGGGAUGAUACAGCACCCUUUCUGCCAGUGCACAAUGAGCCUCAACCAGGUUACUUCUUAGGUUUCUCUGGAAGCAUUUUCCCUAUGAGCAAACUUAUGGGGGGGCAGGACUGGCAUGAAAGAGAUAGUAAUGGACAUUUGAUAACUUGUAAAACUUCACCAGGGGACCCUUUGAUACAAGUCAAGAAGAAAAUCAAGGGAAAGCUUAAUAAGCCAAAGCUUACUGUAUCAGCUGAUAUAGUGGCAGCAUAUAAUAAAGCUGCCAGGAGAAGAAGAGAAAAAAAGACAGGGAUGUUUUGACAGACCUGGUUGUACCUGAACAACAACAAGCUGAAGGCAUGAAGGUCAAGAAUAGAUCUUCACAAUGGAUAGCAAGAAAGUUAAGGAUGACCAUAGGGUAUGAUUUAGUUGUUGGAGUAUUAGAGUUUAUGGAGAGAGGGAUUGCUGCAGGAUCCUCCCAUAUCAAACAGGAUGCUAAAUAACCAGAAGGGCUGGUUGAGGACAGAGAUGC